AUGGCUGAGGAUACUAGGCUAAUGGAUAUUACUCUUGAUGGUCCUUAUGUUCCUGUUAAAGAAUUCAAAGAAAGAGAGAUAACUAGAAUGGUUAUUAAAAGUAGGAGAGAGUAUGAUGAUGAACACAAAAAGAAAAUUAAGAAAAAUUACAAGGCCAAAAUACUGCUAGUUUGUGGUAUAGGGCCUGAUGAAUACAAUAGGAUCUCUGCAUGUGAAAAUGCUGAAGAAAUCUGGGACUGCUUGAAAAUAGCUCAUGAGGAAACUACAGAUGUGAAGGACUCCAAAGUGGACAUGCUGACUAACCAAUAUAAACCUUCACUAUGA